GCCGCCAUAUCGCUGCGCGGCAAGAGGGCGGGGGGGCAUGGCGGCCGCCGUGGUGCCGGCUCCGGCGGGGGCGCGGCAGGGCCGCAGCGGACCGGGUCGAGCGUAGCGGGCCCCGGCAGGGCGGGCAUGGAGGAAAAUGCGGUGGAGAGCAGCAGCGACGCGAGCUCGCAGGCGGCGCGGGAAGAGCCCACCGAGAGCGGGCUGGGCGUCGGGAGCUCGGUGGCCGUGUCGGCGGACAGCAGCGAUGCGGCUGCGGGGCCCGGGCUGCUCUCCCGGGCUGAUGACUCCUGCGUGGGGCAGAGCUCCGACAGCAGCGGGGUCUCCUUGGAAGAGGUCUCAGAGAGCAGUUCCAGCACAGAUGCCAUUCCAAGGAUUUACCUGCCAGACUCAUCCUCUGUUGCCCAAUCCACCUUGGUCUCCAGUGUCUCCACUGUGAGCCAGUCCAUCAUGGUGUCAGAGUCCCCACAGGUCCUGGUCCACUCCAGUGUCAUCACCGAUGGAGCCAUAGUUGUGUCAGACUCCACUGCAUCCACUUCCUCCGACCUGGGUUCUGCCAUUGACAAAAUCAUCGAGUCCACAAUUGGGCCUGACAUCAUCCAGAGCUGCAUCGCCGUGACCAGCGCAGAGGAUGGAAGGGCAGAGACCACGCAGUACCUCAUUCUGCAAGGCCCUGAUGAUGGUGCCCCUAUGGUGUCCCAGAUGGCCACUUCUGCUCUAGCCAAUAGCUUGGCAAUAGAGGCUGUUGGUGAUGGACCUACCUCCACGUGCCUUGACCAGCCUGGCCCUUCAGAGCCUUCCAGGCAAUUUGAAGUGUUGGAGCUGCCUGCACAGCCAAACCAAGCCCAAGAGGCAGAUGGUGGGGAGGAGCUGGACCAGCCAGACUUGGAGACCCUGGAAGAGAUGAUGGAAGUUGUGGUGGUGCAGCAGUUCAAGUGCAAGAUGUGUCAGUACAAGAGCGUCUCCAAGAAAACACUGAUUAACCACAUGAAAGAGCGUCACUUCCAGCCAGUGGGUUCGGCUCUGGCUCUGAAGAAAGGACGACCACGAAAGGUGGGGGCUGUUCCAAAGACUGAAGAUGAGGAGGCCGCAGAAGAAGAAGAUGAUGAUAUUAUGGAUGCUGGUGCUAUUGAUGAUCCUGAAGAGGACAGUGACUACAACCCAGCUGAGGAUGAGCCCCGGGGGCGACUGCCCAAGUAUGGCUGCACCGUUGCCACCUCCAGUGAGGAGAGACCACGUCGACGCCCGGGGAGACCCCGCAAGCUGCUUCGUCUGGAGAAUAUGUCUCAGGACAUGCCUGAAGGAGGGGAGGUGGAGCCCUUGGUGACAUCCCAGAGCACACCAAGCCGGGAGCUGCAGAACUCGGAAGCAGCCAGUUCCUCCGGCCUGGAGAAUGGGACCGGUGAGAGCCUGGCAGAGCCCGGUAUCAGCCAGUCUGACUCUGAGAACAAGGACCCUUCCUCCAACACCACUGCUGAGGAUGCAGAUGUCAUCCCCCGGCGGCGUGGGCGGCCCUCCCGCCGCUUCCUGGGCAAGAAAUACCGCAAGUACAUGGGGCGCAGGUACUACUACAAGUCCCCCAAGCCCCUGAUGCGGCCCUACCUGUGUCGGAUCUGUGGCUCACGGUUCCUCACACACGAUGAUCUGCGCUUCCACGUCAACUCACACGAGGCCAAUGACCCGCAGCUCUUCAAGUGUCUUCAGUGCAGCUACCGCUCCCGGCGCUGGUCCUCCCUCAAGGAGCACAUGUUCAACCAUGUGGGCAGCAAGCCCUACAAGUGCGAGGAGUGCAAUUACACCAGCGUGUACAAGAAAGAUGUCAUUCGGCACUCUACAGUGCACAGCAGGGACAGGAAGAAGAGAGCUGAUCCGCCACCAAAGCUGAACUCCUUCCCAUGCCCUGUCUGCAACCGUGUCUACCCCAUGCAGAAGAGGCUUACGCAGCACAUGAAGACACACAGUACAGAGAAACCACACAUGUGUGACAAGUGCGGGAAGUCCUUUAAGAAGCGUUACACCUUCAAGAUGCACCUGCUGACGCACAUCCAAGCCAUUGCCAACCGCAGGUUCAAGUGUGAGUUCUGUGACUAUGUCUGUGAGGACAAGAAGGUCCUGCUGAACCACCAGCUGUCGCACAUGAAUGACAAGCCCUACAAGUGCAGUGUCUGCAAGUAUUCCACCUUCCGGGAAGACUUCCUGGUCUCACACAUGGCAGUCAAGCACACAGGAGGGAAGCCGUUUGCUUGCGAGUUCUGCCACUUCACCACCAAGCACAAGAAGAACCUGCGCCUGCACGUGCAGUGCCGCCACGCCGACUCCUUCGAGGAGUGGGCACAGAGGCACCCCGAGGAGCCGCCCUGCCGCCGCCGCCCCUUCUUCACCCUGCAACAAAUCGAGGAGCUGAAGCAGCAGCACAGCCAGGUGCAGGCACCAGCUGAGCCAGAGGCCAGCCCACCGGCACCUCUCGGCCCCAUCACUUGCCACACGGUCCAGGCUGUUGCAGGUGCAGAGCCCUCUGUUCUCUCGCAAGGUUCCCUGGAAGGGGCCACCAUCAUCUAUGAACAAGAUGUGGCUGGAUCAGCAGAGCUGGCCACGCAGACGGCCCUGGAUCUCCUGCUGAACAUGAGCACCCAGAGGGAGCUGGCCACCAGCUCACUGCAGGUGGCAGUGGUGAAACCAGAUGACCCAGGAGAAACACCAGGCCCCUGUGAGCUGCAGGCACAGGAGGAGGAGGAGGCAAAGGUGGACUCUAAGGAGCAGCAGCAAAAGUUGGUGAUGCUGCACAUGGCAGAGCCUGGGCAGACACUUGUGCAGGAGGCUUAUGGGGAAGCGAGCCUGAGUGGCUCGGAGCUGCAGCAGAUCACCAUCCCCUUCAGUGGAGCAGCAGAGUACAGCAUCAUUGCACCCAUCAGCGAGGAGAUCCAGGCUCCUGCCACACUGUACAGUGAGGAGGAGAGUCCUAUGGAGACCUCCCACACAGUUGUGGUGAGCGGAGCUGUGAUGACAGAGGAGGCACUGAAGGACCAUAGCAAUCACUACAUCAUGUCAUCCGGUGUCUCAGGGAGCCAGUUCCAGACCAUGGAGCCCCUCAGCGGGGAUGCUGCCUUUUCCUCACCUGCGGAGGCCCAAGAGGCAGAGCCCGCCGGCAUCAAGUGGCCCGUGGUGCAGUGUGUCACCAGUCUGGUCCAGAACGACUCGUCUUUGUCCCCAGCAUCCGAGGGGCAGGAAGUGUCAUCCCCAAAGAUCAAGUGGCCUGCACUCCAAGGCAUGGCCAAGAAGCUCACAUGCAAGGUUUCCACAGCCAAGAAGCUCUCAUGCAAGAUUUCCACGGCCAAAAAGUUUUCAUGCAAGAUUUGCACAGCCAUGUUCACAGGGAGAGCCGAGAUGGAGAGUCACAAGAGAGCCCACAUUGGGCCCAGCACUUUCAAGUGUCCCGACUGUCCCUUCACUGCCACACUCUGGCCAGAGGUCCGGAGCCACAUGAUUCAACAUGCCAACCUUCGGCCACACAAGUGCCCCCACUGCAGCUUUGCCUCCAAGAACAAGAAGGACCUGCGCAGGCACAUGCUGACCCACACCAAUGAAAAGCCCUUUGCCUGUCAGGUCUGUGGGCAGAGGUUUAACCGUAAUGGGCACCUCAAGUUCCACACGCAGCGUUUGCACAGCUCAGAGGGCAAAAGACCUGGGCCAGCUGCUGCCCAGCAGACCAUCAUCCUGAACAGCAACGAGGACACCCUGGCCACCCUACACACAGCUCUGCAGGCCGGCCAGGCUGUGCUGGCUCCCGAGCGGCUGCAGCAGGCUCUGGGGCAGGAGCACAUCCUUGUUGCACAGGAGCAGAGCGUCACCAGCCAGGAGGAGGCAGCCUACAUCCAGGAGAUCACAACUGCUGACGGACAGACAGUACAGCACUUAGUGACUGCUGACAACCAGGUUCAGUACAUUAUUGCCCAGGAAGGUGUCCCGCACUUGCUUCCCCAAGAGUAUGUUGUUGUCCCAGAGGGACAUCACAUCCAGGUACAGGAUGGUCAGAUCACCCACAUCCAGUAUGAGCAGGGUGGCCAGUUUCUCCCGGAGUCACAGAUCCAGUACAUGCCCGUGUCACCGGAGCAGCAGCUCGUCACCCAGGCACAGCUGGAAGCAGCAGCACACUCGGCUGUCUCAGCAGUGGCAGAUGCGGCCAUGGCCCAGGCCCAGGGCGUCUUCACCGCCGAGGCGGCAGCCGAGCAGAUCCAGCAGCUGCAGCCGGGCAUCCACUACGAUGUCAUCACGCUGUCGGACUAGCGCCGCACCGUGCUGAGCAGGCGGCCGCACUGGCAGCAGCCGCCCCAGCCAGCAGUUGCCUUACUGUGCCGGGGCUGCGAGGGACACACCUGAGCCGUGGUGGCACAGACACAACCAGGGACAUGCUGCUGCUCGGCCCUGUGCUGUGGGGGUCCUGCACCUCCCCCCAGAGACUGCUCAUCAGCCACAGGGGCAGCCCUUGUGAAGACGGUCUCUGUCUGUUGCACUGGAUGGUCUGAAACCCUUUUUCCUGAACGGUCUGCGUGGGCAGCCGUGGAUCAGUGUCUGCCCAGCACAUGAGGGUCCUGGAGAAGCCAUAGGGCUGGGCACAACUGUGUGAUGCAGUGUCAG